AUGACUUUUUUUAUUGAUGAACAAGAAAUUAAUCCAACUACUUUAGUUGAUUAAUUUGAAUUUUUAUACUUGCAUAUUAGAGAAAAUUAUGAAACUACUAGUAAAAAGUUUAGACUGUUGUAAACAAAAGUGUCUGGAGCUUGCUCUAUAGGUUAAUUUAAAAAUAAAGAUAGUACUUGCGGUACUUGUACAUCAAAUUGUAAUUUCUGCUCAGAUAGUGGUUCUAGUAGUUGCUUUGUUUGCAAAGAUACUUAUUACUAAUCAGGAACUAAUGACUUUUUUAGAGUAAAAGGAUCCUGUUCCAAUGGAUCUUCAGGUUGUGGUUCUUAUCAUACCAAAGUUAGUGGUAAAUGUUGUCUUUACAAUUGCAAAAGUUGUGACUAAUACGAUAAAUGCUUAACUGCAGGUACUAAUUAAAUUUUUAACUAUAAAAAUAAUGACCUGUAAACAAAAUCAGGUGUUUGUCUAAGUUCUGUUAAUUUAUAUAACGCUGCUUGCGUUUGCGCUCCUGGAUAAUAUAAUAAUAGUGCUAGCUCUAUUACUUGCUCUGCUUGUCCUACUAACUGCAACAGGUGUGGAAAGCCUUCAAGUACAAUUAUAUGUGUUAUAUGCAAGUCCGGAUACUAUUUAUCUUCAUCAGGAAAUUGUGUUCAAUGUGGACCAAACACAUUUACAUAAUAUUUAUUAAGGGAUGAUCUUGCAGAUGAAGGUAAUCCUUUUUCUUAUUGCUUAGACUGUGACUCUUCUUGCAAUGGAUGUACAAAUUAUGAUUAAUAUAGUUGCAUUGAUUGUAAAGCAGGGUGGUAUAAAUUUGUUUAAUUAGAUGGUAAAACAAUAUGCAUGGAUUGUUAAGCCAGUUUAGGAUAUUUUGUGAAAGGCGGUCAGUGUUAUAAUCAAUGCGGACCUAAUUGCUAAGCUUGUGAUUAAAAUUUAGCAUCAGAAUGUACAAACUGUUUGUCUGGUUUCUAUCUUAAAGUUGAUACAAAAACAUGUGAUCCCUGCAAUUUAAAUUAUUACUACAAAUCUUCGAGUCAAUGUCUUAAAUGUGUUGAUAAGUGUAAAACCUGUACUUCAGGAACAUCUUGCACUUUAUGUGAUACAGGAUUUUUUGUAAAAGGAGGCAAUACAUGUGAUAUAUGUAGCUCAAAUACAGGUUUUUAUUAAGAUGUUCCUAACAAUAAAUGCUUAGCAUGUGCAUAAUUUUGUCUAAAUUGUACUGGUGGUUAACCAUAAAACUGUACCUAAUGUUAAACAGACUACUAUAAAUAUGAUAAUAAUACAGAAAAUAAUCCUGCUGAUGAUUAUUGUAUUGACUGCAAUUUAUCUGGUGGAUAUUUUCUUGAUGGUACUACAUGCAGAAAAUGUUAAGCUAAUUGCCAAAAAUGUUCUAAUAAAUUAACCUGUGAUCUUUGUAAUACAGGUUUUUAUGUAGACCAAACUACUGGUACAUGUAUAUCUACUUGUGAUACUUCUUAAGGAAAUUACAUAUGGAACGGAACUCAUUGCAAAAAAUGUGAUUCUGACUGUUAGACAUGCAAAGGAGGUGCAAAAACAGAUUGCAUUAACUGUGCCCCCUCUAAAUAUAAAUUCGAUUAAAAUAACACUCCAGGUGAUACAAGCGAUGACAUAUGUGUAAAGUGUGAUCAAAUUUAAUAAUUUGUUAAUAUUGAUAAUAUAUGUAAAAGAUGCGAUCCUACAUGCUAAACAUGUAACAGCACUACAAAUACAGGAUGCAUUAAAUGCUAAUCAGGUUUAAGCAAGAGAAAUUUUGUUUGUCUGAAUUGUUCAACAAUUUAAAGUACUUAUGUUGAUAUUGAUCAAUGCAAAGAUUGUGAUCCUUCCUGUCAAUCUUGCUCAAAAGCAGGAAAUUAAUGUGAUGUUUGUAAAUCUGGUUUUUCUAGACAAUCAAAUAGUUGCAUAGAUUGCUCAAAACUUUCAAAUUAUUAUGUAGAUUUCACAAUUAAUAAAACGGAAGGAGAAUGCAAGUAAUGUGAUUCAUCUUGUGCAACUUGUUAUGACGGAACCCCUACUGGCUGUAAAACUUGUGCAAGUGGAAAAUAUAGAUUAGGCAACUUAUGUGUUAGUUGUAAUCUAGAUAAAUAAAUAAAAAAUGAUAAUACCUAAACCUGUGAUGAUUAAUGCCAUCCAUCAUGUAAAUAUUGCUCAGGUUCUUCUGAAACUGAAUGCUUGAAAUGCGAAGUUGGAUAUUAUAAGUUAGGAAAUAAAUGUGUUUAGUGCAAUUAAGAUAAAUAUUUUAAAAAUGAAAACACAUAGACUUGUGAUUAAUGCCAUUCUUCCUGCAAAACUUGUAGUGACUCAUCUAAUCUUGGUUGUUUAGUUUGUGAUGAUGCCAUGAAAAGAUAUUAAGAUGGUACUUGCUAAGUAUGUGAUCCAGCUAAUUCACCCUAUUUUAUAUCAGGUAAUAAUUGCUUAAAAUGCGAUUCUUCCUGCUUAACAUGUACUGGUGAUAAAGAUACCUAAUGUACUUAGUGCAAUAAUCCUGCAUAUAAAAUAAGAGAAGUAGUAAAUUAAUGUAUGCCAUGUCCUGAUAAUUACUUUUCGAUAAAUAAUUAUUGUUACAAAUGUCAUUCUUCCUGCGAAACAUGUUAAGGUUCUAAUGAUGAUAAAAGCUGUACUAAAUGUAAAGCAGGAUUUAAUUUCCAUUAAGAUAAUACAUGUAGUGAAUGCUUAGUAAAUAAUAAAUUUUACAUAGAUGCUAAUGAUAAUGUAUGCAAAAGUUGUGACUCCACUUGCUUGACAUGUACAGGACCUAGUAAAUUCGAAUGCACAAAUUGUGACGGAACAUUAAAAAAGCUCAAAGAUAAUACUUGUGUUGAUUGUCCAUUAAUAGGAUUCUAUGUAAAUGGUGAAAGAUGCUACAAAUGUGAUUCCACAUGUAAAACUUGUGAUGGUGAAAAUGAUACUAGUUGCACUCAAUGCUAAGAUAAUUUAUAUAAAUUUAUUGAUGACGGAAAAUGCAAGACUUGUAACAAAGAAAAUAAAUUAUAUAUCGACACUCAAGAUAAUAAUAUUUGUAAGCACUGCCAUACAACUUGUAAAGAAUGCUAAAAUGGAACAGAUACAGGUUGUACUAUUUGUAAUGAUAACCUUUAUAAAAUGAAAGAUUAAACCUGUUAAACCUGCCCUGAUCAACACUUUUUCAAAUAAGGAGAAUUUUGUAUAGAAUGUGAUUAAUCUUGCCUCACAUGCUCAGAUAACACUAACAAAUGUAUCAAAUGCGAUAAUACUAAAGGUUACUAUUUUGAUAAAAAUAAUUUCUGUAGAAUAUGUGAAAGUGAUAAAUCUUUUUAUAUUUCUGGUGAAUUUUGCAAACCUUGUUUCUCAAAUUGCAGUACAUGCUUAGGUGGUUUAUCUACUGAAUGUAAAACUUGUUUAAAUCCUACUGAAAAAUUGAUGCCUGAUAAUAGCUGCAAUAUUUGUACAACUGAUAAUUAUUUUAUGCAAGGAGAUAGAUGUGUCCCAUGCGAUCAAACUUGUAAAUAAUGUCAUGGUGCUUCUGCAAAUGAAUGCACACUAUGCUAGAAUGGAUAGUAUUUAUUUAAGGAUAAUUCUUGUGCCAUAUGCCCUAGUGAAGGUUAUUUUAUAAAGGAUAUUAAUUGUUUUUAGUGUACUUAAAAUUGUAAAAUUUGUACAAAUGAAAAUAAUGAUGGUUGCUAGUAAUGUAUGGGAAGUAAAAAAUUAGAUAAAAAUAAUGUUUGCAUAGAUUGCCCAAUAACUGAAUUUUACUAAACACCUACUUAAUGUCUUGAAUGCCAUUAAAAUUGUCUUACUUGUAAUAAUGAAGACUCUACAAGUUGUUUAACUUGUAAAACUGGAUUUAGUAAAAUGUUAGAUGGUAGUUGUCAAACAUGUCCCUUAACUAAUUUUUAUGAUGAUGGAAUUAAUUGCACUCCAUGCCAUCCUUCAUGUGAAGUUUGUAAAGGACUUACAGAAAAUGAUUGUUUAAAUUGUCCAAGUGGCAAAUAUUUUAUGCCAGAUAAAACUUGCAAAGUGUGUCCAAUAAAUAAUCAAUUUUACAUAGAUGGCUUAUAGUGCGUACCUUGUUUUGAAGGCACAUGCUAAAUGGAAAGGAAAAAAAUUAAUGUUCAACAUGUUAAACAGGACUUUAUUUAUAUUCAGAUAAUUAAUGUGGAAGUUGUAGUGAAAAUUAUUAUUUCAGGGAUGAUCAAAAUAUGCUAUAAAUGUAGAGAAUGUGAUAUAAAUAAUAAAAAAUUUAUUUCAUAAACAAAUAUAUGCUUAGAUUGCGAUAGUUCUUGUAAGACUUGCAACAACGAAUAGCCAGAUUAAUGUAAAUCAUGUGAAAGUAAUUUAUAUUUUAGAGAUAGUUUAUGUUAGGUUUGCCCAGAUGAGCACUUCUUCAUUUAAGGGACUUAUUGUUUGAAAUGUGAUAGUACCUGCUUAAAAUGUUCAAAUAGUAAAGCAACAGAUUGCAUUUCUUGUGAUAAUAAUAAUUUUAUUAACGAGGAUUCAAAACUUUGUUAACCAUGUGAUACUAGCAACAAAUAUUUUUAAAAUGGAUUUUAUUGUAGAAAGUGCCUUCCUUCAUGCAAAACUUGUAACAAUACUAGCAAAUGUUUAACAUGUGAUGAUGGUUUAUCCUUUAUGGAAGAUGGUACUUGCAAAGUAUGUAAUACUGAUCAUGGUUUCUAUAUAGAAGCCAGUACUAACACUUGUAAAAAAUGCAUUUAAAACUGUUUAAAAUGUUCAAGUUCAACUUCAUGUGAUGUUUGUUAAAGUGGAUUUAUUUUAAGAAUAGAUGGAUCAUGUGGUAACUGUGAUUCAAACCAAUAUGCUGAUUAAAAUUAAAAAUGCUAAAACUGUCAUUCAUCUUGUGCCACAUGCAAUGGUCCAGAUGCAACGAAUUGUUUAAGUUGUUCAAAUAGUUAACUAUUUAUCAGAUUAGAUACUAAACUAUGUGACAAAUGUGACUCUAACUAAUAUGUUGAUGGAAAUAAAUGUGCUAAUUGCCAUUCUGAUUGCGCUACUUGUUCAGGUCCUCUUGAUUAAGAUUGCAAAACAUGCUCUAACAACUCAAAGUAAUUUUGUGAUAAUGCAAAAGUUGCCGCAUUUGGAAAAUAGAAUAAUAAUUCAUCUUUAAUUUGUGAAAAAUCUUGUUUAACUUGUAACUCAACAUGCAAAACUUGCUUUUCAUCUACUUCUUAAGGAUGUAUGAAUUGCUCUACAGGAACACUAAAGGCAGAUUUUUCAUGUUCUGUUUGUGGUAUUGGAGAAUAUUUAGACUCAUAAACUAAAACAUGCAGAAAGUGUUCUGUUAAUUGCAAUCAAUGUACAAGUUUAAACUAAUGUACUUAGUGCAAAGAUGGAUAUAUAAAUGUAUCUGGUAAAUGCUACUCGUGCCCUCCUGGAUAAUUUGUUGAUGUAGAUACAAAAUGUAAGUAAUGUCACUUUGAUUGCAAGACAUGUAUUAAUAAAAAUAAUACUGACUGCCUAGUUUGUAGUGAUUCUAACAAAUUCUUAAAUUAAAAUAAUUUAUGUGUUGAUAAAUGCGAUCUUGGAUAUAUUAGGCACACAGUUUUAAAUAAAUGUGUAAGAUGCUAAUAUAAAAUGAUAAACGGUAAUUUAGAAUGUCUUGAAGAGUGUCCUGACUAAAGUGGAUGCUCAAUUACCUGCUUAGACAAUUCUUUUAAAUUAAAUGAUUAAUAAUGCUAAUGCAACUAGAAUUAUUAGUUUAUUUAAAAUUCUGUUAACAAAUGUGAGAUCUAGUGUGGAAAAAAUGCCAUAAAAGUUGAUUAAAACACAUGUCAGUGUUAGGAUUCUACUUAUGAAUUUGUUCCUUUAUCUUAUACAACCUGCCGUGUCAAGUGUGGACUUAAUGCUGCAAAUUUAGAUGAAAAUACUUGUAGUUGUAAAAAUGGCUUUUCAUUUAAGCCUUCUACAAACAAUACCGUUUGUUAGAUUGAUUAUGGAUUGAGUGCUUUUAGAGUAGAUGAAAAUUCUUGUUAAUGCAAUCCAAAUUACAAAUUUACUGCUGGAUCAAAAAUAAAUUGUGAAAUAGUUUGUGGUUUCAAGGCUUCUCAAAUUGAUACCUAAACCUGUGGUUGCGAGAAAGGUUAUUCUCUUGUACCUUCAUCAAAGACUGAAUGCUAAAUAGACUGCUUAGAAAAUACUGACAGAGUAGAUAAUAAUACAUGCAAAUGUAAGUCAGGUUUUAGCUUUGUUUAAAACUCGUAUGUUUAGUGUUAAAUUAAUUGUGGCCUCUUUGCUUAGAAUAAUGAUAUUAAUACUUGUAAAUGUCUUUAAGGAUACGAGUAUCAGGCUAAUUCUUAAAUAAACUGCUAGCUAAAAUGUUUAGAUAAUUCAGCCAGAGUUGAUGCUUCAACCUGUAAAUGCAAUGAUGGAUUUGAAUUUGUUUAACAUUCAAAAGCUUAAUGUCAAAAAAAAUGUGGUACUUACGCAAAAAACAAAAAUUUACUUACUUGUUAAUGUCUGGAUGGUUAUGAAUUUGUAUCAGGUAGUAGUACAGUUUGUAUGAUAACAUGUGGUAAACAUGCAUCAAGACUAAACAAUGAUACUUGUAGUUGCGAUACAGGUUAUCAAUUUAUUUAAAAUUCCUAAAGAGAAUGUUAAAUUACUUGUGGAAGAAAUGCAUCUAAUAAAGAUUAAGUUACAUGUAUAUGCAAGAAUGAAUUUUAAUUUGAAUAGAAUUCAACUACUGAUUGUGAAAUAGUGUGUGGCGUUAAUUCGUCACCUCUUACAAAGGAUUAAUGUCAGUGCAACCCAGGUUAUGAACUUGCACCUAAUUCUUUAGCAAACUGCUAAUUAAAAUGCGGCGCUAAUGCUAUAAAUAAAGGAUAUGAUCAAUGUGUCUGUAAAACUGGAUUUUAUUACCGGUCCAAAAAAAACUGA